AUGAUCGAGAUGCUUUCGAGACGUGCAGAAGCAGAAGCGAGGUUCUACAAGAGAAGUUCGGCCAAGAGCAUAGCUAAUGAGUACAAGAAAGCUCUUUCCAACUUUAUACAUAUGAAUGAGAGUGAAAUCAGGAACAACACCGACCUCACCUGCUUGGAUCAAAGGUUUUGGGUAGCAUGUGAUGCAAAUUUCAAGGCAUUGAAAGAGAUUACCUUAAAAUUCAUGUCUAUUGCUGCAACCGAAGCUGAUGUGGAAAGAAUGAUUUCAAUUGUGCGGAACCUGCGUAAUAGGUUUAAUCAAAACGCACGUGAAGAUCUAAUAAGGUGUAGAAUCCUAUUGAAGCUUUUCAUGACAAAUGAAAUCCUGAAAAAGAUAUUUCCAGAUCUGACUGAUCUUUAA